AUGGGCUCCGGUUCAGAAACCAUUUUGAAUACGUUAUCAAAGCCCAUAGAAACAACAGAGACUAGCUUUAUCAGCGCCUCCACCUCCGCCUUCGGCCACCUGGACGAUCCCCCCGCCGCCGCCUCUGCUUCCGGUGGAUCCGCCGCCGCCGCCGCCGGAGGAGCCGGCGGCGGCUUAUCGGGGUUCAUCGGAAUCUGCAGAUUCUGCUCCCGGGCGACUUUCUGCAGAAGUGCAAGCACGGCCUUAUCUUUAGCGGCGGCCGCGGACCGCUCUUGGGCCAGAAACUCGCGCUCCCGGCCAAACCGGGCUGCCUCCUCGGCCCGCCAAGCUUCAUCCCGGGCGGCCCGUUCGAGCUCCCGCCGCUCGAGAGCUUCUAGAAAUCGAUUCUGCAUCUCCUCCUGCUUCCGAACAAUCUCACCCACGAGCCCUUCGAAGUAUUCCUCCCAAUUUCUCUUCCGGCGGCGCCGCCGCCGCUCCAUCUGCAUGUCCUCGUCUGAAGAGGUUGAGGAGGACGGCGGAGGAAAAGGUGGCGCGGCUGAGAUUGGGGGGAUUAUGGUUAGCGGAGUUGGGCUGUUGGAGGAGGAGGCGGUGAUGUUGGGUGGGAUGAUUUGGAGGUUGGGCGGCGGUGGAGGUGGAGGUUGGGCGGCGGUGGUUGGCGGAGGGCGCGGAGGAGGAGGAGGAGGGGCGGCGGCCACGGAGGAGGACUCGAAGGCCUCGAGCUGGUCGAAAAAGCGGUAG